AUGGAGAUGAAAGAAAAUCGUUCGGAAACGGCGAUUGGUUUAAGAAACCAAAGAGACGCAGGCCACUUAAGUUCAGUAAGCAAGAAUAAAAAGGAAGAAUCAUUCGUCACACAACCAUCGUGCAAUUCAAGAAACACUCCUUUACAACAGAAUGUUAAAAACAGCAAUAAAAAGCUCUUGAGAGCAAGAUCAGCACCACCAAGCUCACGGCAGCUUCUUAAUCCACGCGAGAUACUCCAAUUACGUGGCAAAAAUUUUCAGCAAAAUGAUAAAACAUUUGAUAUGACUUCAUACUUGAGAGAAAAGUCGUUUUCGCGAAGAGUGCAUAGACUUAUGUAUGAAACCGCCAAGGAGAACACAAAAAGCGUAGAUUUCAAAAAUUUACCACAAGCUUUUCAAGAUUGCGGAGAUGUUAUGAUCGGGAACCAGCUUUUAGACAAAAGAAGAGAUUUACAGCAUCAAAGAACUAUGAACCUAUCAUGGGCUCAAUCAAAGAUCAAACAAACAUUUCAAAAUGUGGUUUUAUUGUGCCGAGUUCGGCUCAUAAUGGCACAAAACUCGAUUGAUUUAGCACCAGCAAGUGAAAAACAAAUUGCUUGGGCAGAGAGACGACAUACAAGAGAAACAGCAGAAGUGCUUUUCAGCAAGUCAUUGUACCAGAAAUCACAAAUGAUUUACUCUUACGUACCGAAGUGGGCGGAAGUAAUAUUAAGAAAAUGUCCAAAUGAUAGAACCGAUGGAGAAAUUAUGCGAGUUCACGCAAUGAUGCAAGGCCUCUUCACAUACGAUAAAUUUACGCGAAGAAUUCAACUCGCCAUGUGUCGCUCCAUGAAGUUUUUACGAAUUCGAUACCCACGCGUGAUACUACGGAAGGGUCACAUUGGACAAGCUUUCUAUUUAAUUUUCAGUGGUUCAGUGUUUGUUAACAUAGAAGGAUUCAAUGCUGAAACAAACAAAGUAGUUUAUAAAACUGUCAGUACAUUACAUCAGGGCGAUGCUUUUGGAGAAGUUGCUCUGUUGCGCAACGUAAGUCGCACAGCUUCAGUCGUUGUAAAAGAGGAUGUCGAACUCAUGGUUAUCCAUAAAGAUGUGUUCGAAAAUGUUUGCUCCAAAAUAUACGAAAGCGAAAUGAAAGAGAAAAUGGAAUUUUGUAGACAUUUGCCGCUUUUUAAAAACUGGAGGGAUGAUGCAAUCAAACGCAUUUGCCAGGAAUCUCAAAUACAUAAAUACAAAUCAAACAAAAUUAUAGUACGUAGCAGCAAAAAUGAAGAAGAAUGGAUGUACUUUUGUAUGGAGGGACAAUGCAGUGUCAUAAAAGCAAUGGAUUUUAAUAAAAGGCCGCGACAUUCAAAAAAAUUUUUCAUACGACGUCUAGAAGACGAGAACAGUAGUUGUGGCUGUUAUCUUUCACUUUUAUCAGACUCGGAUAAAGAGAAAAACGAUCGCUCUCAGGUAAAGGAGAUUAAAAAUGAACUGGAGUAUUUCUUUGAGCAGAUUGACUUAAGGAAGAUCGCUAACACAAGCAAGUUGGACGAAGAUUACAGGGUUGUUUCAAGAAAUGUCAAAGAGAAAGAGGAAAAAUUGAAGAAGAUGGGAGGAGCAGAAGAAGUACUUUCUACAUUCGGUAAAAGCUACAACCAUUUACCUCAGAGUAGAAAUGGAGGUCUACACUCAUACAAGAAAACAGAUAAGUGGCGUUCAACAAUCAUUCGUAAAAAUCAUGAUGUUGAAAUGGAACUGAGGAAAGAACUCACAAUCUUCCACAACGAAUAUUCUACUGGUACCCCGAAUACACACGUGACUUAUCUAAAUAUAGCAACAAUGAAGAGUGGAGAUGUUUUUAACUUACGAGAAGUUCUUCAUUGUACAGGUAGAGAACUUCUUCUAGUCAGCCGCAAAGCCAAGAUUUUACAAAUCAAGAAACAGUUAUUUUUUAAAUACGCCACAAAGGAAUCCCUCCUUGUUGCCAAUAUUUUAGCAUUGGAAUCAAGCUAUCCAGACGAUGAAAUAUUGUAUUAUAACUUUCGUGAAAAAUGUCUGUGGGAACAAGAGAAGACGAACGUGUUAAGACAAGCAAUCCAGAUACGAAAUUUUACACAUAAUGAACGAAAUGAAAAACCAAGAAAGCUGACAGCAAAAGAACGAGCAAAGAGUGCUCAAAAAGCAGCAAGAAAGUUUUUAUGA